AUGUUUUCUCACGUCAAAUUGCUCUCAAUUGCAUAUGCCAUGGCCGUCGCCAUUCCUUCUAUAGCGGCAAUGCCCGUUGAAAAUGGCAAUUCGAACAUCAAGUUCGUUCAUGGUAUGGUCAAUAGCACCAGCGAUGAUAUCUCCAAACGAAGCAGCGUCCCACCGGAAUGUUCGUUUGGCGGCCAGCGUUCCGACUGGUAUUAUCUCCAGAUCACAGGGUUGGCUGAAGGCACUGCAUGUCUCGGAUGGGACAUUGGCCCUUCCUGCGGAGCUGGGAGCUGGGACGACCCGGACUGGACAGAUCUUCAAAAGGCUAUGGCCGAAGUGGUCACCAUGGAUGGUCAAUGGUCAGGCUCGUCUGAGGGUGCAUGGGACGGUACUUUUUUCCUUGGGACAACGGCUUUUUCGAACCGCGAUACCUCACUUUUUGAUUUGGCCAUGACACAAACCAAAAGUAAGGUGCCCGUUUAUUACUGGAGCCGAGACGGUGACUUUGCUCAAGUCGUGGGCCACAACGACAAUUGCCCUUAG